UUUGUCAGAUUACCAUUCCGAGCUAUAUGCAGAGAACAGAGCCUAAAUGCCUUUGCUUUUAAAUACUUCCUCCGCCCUCUCCCUUUCUCGCUCAUUAGCCUCCUCCCUAUCUUCUCCUAGUCCCCGUCUUUGCCUCCCUUCCUCUUUUGCCCCUCGAUUUCCCCACUCCUCCUUCCAUCCCUUGAGGGUAUCUCCGUCUUUUCAUAACCAAGCUUCAUCCGCCACCGCCACCAUGGGCAACGCCCAUGACGCUUCCAUGGACGCUGUCCAAAGACGCCUCAUGUUUGAGGAUGAAUGUAUUUUAGUGGACGAGAGUGAUAAUGUUGUUGGCCAUGAAUCGAAGUACAAUUGUCAUUUGUGGGAGAAGAUUUUAACUGGAAAGAUGCUACAUAGGGCAUUCAGUGUAUUUUUGUUUAACACAAAAUAUGAGUUACUCCUCCAGCAACGAUCUGCAACAAAGGUAACAUUUCCUCUGGUGUGGACAAACACCUGUUGCAGCCAUCCUUUAUAUCGUGAAUCAGAGUUUAUUGGAGAGAAUCAUCUUGGGGUGAGGAAUGCUGCCCAAAGGAAGCUUUUGGAUGAGCUCGGUAUUCCCGCUGAAGAUGUUCCUGUCGAUCAGUUCACCCCACUUGGUCGCAUGCUCUACAAGGCACCUUCUGAUGGCAAAUGGGGCGAGCAUGAACUUGAUUACCUCCUAUUCAUUGUCCGAGAUGUCAACAUUCACCCAAAUCCAGAUGAGGUAGCAGACGCUAAAUACGUGAACCGUGACCAACUGAAGGAGUUACUGCAGAAAGCUGAUGCUGGUGAAGUGAAACUUUCGCCGUGGUUCAGAAUCGUGGUGGAAAAUUUCUUGUUCAAGUGGUGGGAUCAUGUUGAGAAAGGGAGCCUGAAGGAAGUAAGUGACAUGGAAACCAUUCACAAGUUGUAGAUUAGAAAGAAAUGACAUGAAAUAAAGUGUGGGAAUGGUACUUCCAGAAAACAAGUUUAAUUCCAAUAAGUGCAGGCUUGAAGUAGUUCUAAACUUGCUGGUUUUCUCAAUGUUUGUUAGAUCUAAAUUUUGAGUUAAAUAUUGUAAAC